AACCCUAACUUUUAUUUGCAGAUAUAAAAAGAAUUAUCUAGUAGUGCACUCGCAUAUAUUAUAUCCAUCCAAUCCUGUUGCUGCAGUGGAGUGAAAGUGGUCGUUCAGAAUGAAGCCCAUCGCAUAUUUUUUCUUCGCUGUGAUCCAGUCCGACUUGUUGUUGGCCUUGUAUGUGCCCCAGGAGUACGUAGUUCCGGAACCAAAGUUCGAGGUGUACUCAUCUGGUGGUUUUUCGGUGAGCAUACCUCACGAAGAUGGAAUACAACUGUUCUCGUUCCAUGGAAACGUCAAUCGACCCAUGGUUGGCUUGACGGCUGGUCAGUUUUCUAGAGAUGUAGUGAGUAGGAACAAUGACAGAUGGGUGUACGAAAACAAGAACGCCAAAUUGGAGCUAGGGGAUGUGAUAUAUUUCUGGGUGCUGAUCAUCAAGGAUAACUUGGGCUAUAGAUAUGACAAUGGACAGUUUGUUUUCAAAGGUAACUUGUUUUUUCU